AUGAAAUAUCUGAUAUAUUCAUAUGAUGAACUUAUAUUAAUGAAUAAGAAUGUUAAAACUAUAAAACAUAUUUAUUUAUGUCGAAAUAAUUUAUCAUUUAAUGGUGAAAAUUUAUCAGGAAAUUGUUUAAAUGAAUCAGUUUUAACUGAAACAAUAUUUUUGUCAACAACAUAUUAUUAUCUUAAUCUUGCUAAUUAUUAUAUAACAUUAAUUCGAUUAGAAAAUAUUGAAAAUUUUUUCCAUUAA